AGUGCCGGCGGAAGCUGGCGGAGAGGGUGGGGUUCGUGCCGUGGGCCUUGCAGGAGCUGGCGAGGCGUCUGCGGAGAUGCUGGGGCUUUAAGAAAGACACUAAGUGCCAUCAGAGCUGCGACACUGGACGAGCUGUGUCCCUUAAACUAGGAAACACAACGCCACUGAAAAUCCAGUGUUAAUAAUAAAGGUCACUAUGAAGGUUCUGUAUUGUCAGCAGAAUUCAGCUGGAGAGGAAAUUACAUGUGUCUUCCAGGAAAGGGAAAAUCUUCCUGUUACAAGAGACAAUGAUGUGAAAAUACAGGUUAAAGCCUGUGCUCUGAGCUGGACAGAUAUAAAGCUUUUAUCAGAAAUGAAGAUGAAGAAAGAAUUUCUACCUGUUGGGAGGGAAAUUGCUGGAGUGGUGUUGGAGGUUGGAAGCAAAGUGUCCUUCUUUCAGCCAGAUGAUGAAGUAGUGGGAAUCUUGCCCCUGGAUUCUGAAGAGCCUGGUCUCUGUGAAGUUGCUCUAGUUCAUGAGCAUUAUUUGGUUCAUAAACCAGAAAAAGUCCCUUGGGUUGAAGCAGCAGGGACCAUUCGUGAUGGCCUGCGAGCAUACACAGCCCUACAUUAUCUUUCCCAUGUUUCUCCUGGAAAAACAGUACUAGUAAUGGAUGGAGCAAGUCCAUUUGGUACAAUAGCUAUUCAGUUAGCACAGCACAGAGGAGCCAAAGUAAUUUCUACAGCAUAUAGUCUUGAAGACAAGCAGUACUUGGAGAGGCUUAGACCUCCUGUGGGCAUGAGGCAACCUUUAAUUGCUCGAGUCAUUGAUGUCUCAAAUGGUAAGACUGAUGUGGCAGAAAGCUGUUUGGAGGAAACAGGCGGGCUGGGAGUGGAUAUUGUCCUCGAUGCUGGAGUGAGAUUAUACAGUAAAGAAGAUGAGUCAACAUUAAAACCGCAACUGCUGCCGCACAAACAUGAUAUCAUUACACUUCUUAGUGUUGGAGGACACUGGGUAACCACAGAGAAAAACCUCCAGCUGGACCCUCCAGAUAGCCAUUGCUUGUUUCUUAAGGGAGCCACAGUCUCUUUUCUGAAUGAUGAAGUAUGGAAUUUGUCAAAUAUGCAACAGGGGAAGUAUCUUUGUAUCUUAGAAGAUGUAAUGGAGAAGUUAUCCAAUAGUGUUUUCAGGCCUCAGUUGGAUGAACCAGUCCCAUUGUAUGAAGCCAAAGUUUCUAUGGAGAUAGUUCAGAAGAAUCAAGCAAGAAAAAGACAAGUCAUCCAAUUCUGAAGCACAAGUUCCUUGUUUCUAAGACUGGGAGACAGAGAUAUGUAAUAUAUUUGAGAAGUAAAUUGGUGUGCAACUUCAAAUAGUUCUGUAACUAGGGUCUGAAGAUAGUGUCUGGGCUGUGAAUGUUUUGGUACUGAGACUUUUCAUUUCCCUGUAUCAAAUCUAAGAAUGAUUCCAUCAACAACUUUAAAGAGAUACCAUUAACUUAAAAAUCACAUCAUCUGAUUUUUCCCUCCUAUUACUGUUAUAAGUAACAUCUAAGAUUAUUUUGGGGCUAGAGAAAAAAUAUUUUUUCUGAUUGUUCAGUUUUAUUUUUUGCAUUUGACAGCAUCUAAAUAGUCUGCUUCAGUCUUUGACAUACUCUUUUUAAACAGGGAAGAGAAAAAUAUUAAAAAAUAGGAAAAUGUAGUAGUAAAACUAGCAAAAUUGGCAGAGGGAUUCUAGGGGUAGGCACAACUUAUUUGUAACAAGGUUGGGUUUUUUUGUUUGUUUUUUAGGGUUGUUUUUUUUCAAACUGAUUUGUUCUCAAGUUUAUCAUGUCCCUUUAAGAUUUGAAUUACUGUUCUACAACCAUUUCAUAACAUCUCACUUUUAUAUAGCUAUAAAAUUAAGGUAGACAAAUGUGAAUGAAAGAUUACACAGAUAUGCGGUCAGUCUUUCGCUUUAGUGUUCAAUUCAUGUUAAUGUUCAAUGCACUGUAUUGCGCAUAGACUUUGUUCCUUUUUAUAUUGCUAAAUAGUAGGAAAUGUAAACUGAAUUUCCAUCUCUGACAUCAUUCCUAAAACAC